AUGGCACCUCCGAAGGUUCGUUUUACAACGUCGGGCGGAGGCGCCUCUCUUCAUCCGUGCUUCUACACGAACGGGACCGUGUCCUUGAGCAUUUCGGGAACGUACGCUGGUCCCCAGUGGUCAUCUACUCAGACUUUGAGCAGCCUGCUACUGUCCAUUCAGUCACUGUUGACGGAACAGCUCUAUUAUGAACAGCCAUUCAAGAGGCACACCAACAAGCAAGAUGACCGAAAGGAAGCAGAGGACUACAACACGUUCGUCAGGUAUGAGGUUAUCAAAGAAUCAGUUUGCGGCACUGUGGAACGCCGCCUUCAGGACAAUUCCUCGUACCCGCCGGCUCUUCAGCGCAAAGUGUUGAAGCUCUUCUUGGAAAACUAUGCCAAUUACGAACGGUGUGUGAACCAGGACAACAACCUCUCCGGCACCCCAAUAAAGAAUCCCUUUAGCGGUGGUCUUGGAAUGUACGACCAUGAAGCACUCGCAGGCCGACUGAGGAAUCUCAAGACAAAUGUAGAGACGAGGAUACAGUCCAAUGAUCUAGGGGCCGUCUUUUGA